AUGACACUAUCAGCUCGUCAGGGGGGAAAAGGUACGUCGAGCGGGGAGCAGAUCACGCUUCAUCACCCCCUCUCUCUGUCACUCACAUUCAUUUAUCUUUCUUUCAUACUCACUCUCUCUCUUCCCCAUCUAAUCUCUCUCACCUUAUAUUCUCUUAAUUUCUCUCUUCUAUUCCAUCCUAUCCCUCUCAAACUGUAUCUUUUAUCUCCCUCAUCCUUUCUUUCUCACCCUCAUACUCCCUCUUUCACCUUAUCCUAUCACUUACUCUCAUCUCAUCUAUUCAUCUCAACCUGUCUUUCACUCUAUCUUUCUCAUCACAAUCGUACUCUCUAUCACUCUCAUUUUAUUUCUCUCAUCCCAUUUCUCAUAAUCUCUCCUCUUUUCGCGCAUCCCCCCCUCUCUCUCUCUCUCUCAUCCUAUCUCUUUCAUUCUAUUCCUCUCAUCUCAUUUAUAGUCUCUCUCUCAUUCUAUCUGUAUGUUCCUAUGUCUCUCUUCCUGCCUCUCUCACUUCAGCGCCAUAUUUCUCUCAUCUUUGUUAUAAUCUAUCAUCCCCUCUCUCUCUCAUUUUAUCUAUUUCUCCCAUCCUCUCUCUUUAUUCAUAGUCUAACUUUCAUUCUAUCUCUCUCACCUUAUUUCUCUCAUCCUCCCCCCUCUCUCUCUUACUCACAUCCACUCUCACCUCAUUCUCUCUCUCACCCUAUCUCUUAUACACUAUCUCAUUUCUCAUCCGCUCUCGUCCCUCACACCCUCUCUUCGUCUUCUUACAGUCUGGCAAAGCGUCUUUCUUUCAUGUGUCUGGCUAUAAUAUGUCUCUGUGUGGCUUCAUUUAAUUCGUUCUGGUUUGCAUUCACAUAUUCUUUUCAUUCCUUAUGA